GGGCCGAAGGAAUACACGUCCCUGGAGAUUUGCUUUCCAAAGCUAUUUGGUUCGAGUUUGUGUGUUUAGAUCUGCAUGGACUCCUCGAUCUCUCGCGCAAAUGAGAAUUACUGCAGAACUACUAUUGCUGGGAAUUCUGGGGAAGUGAUCUCACUCAUACAGUAGGUGUAAAGCUCUCCUUGUUUGGUACGGUAUGUGCAGGUUUCUCGUGUCAGCAACAAUCCGAAGUGUGGGCGUACCAUCCAAAAGCCUGCAUCCGGGAAAACGCGCUUCACUAUUUGGCUCAUAAAUUCGUCCAGCACAUGGAUACUCGACCUGAUAUCAUAUUUCAUUGAAAAAGGCAGUCACCAUGGCGGAACCAACUUUCAUCAGCAACGAAGAGCCCAAAGAUCUCGAGGCCGACGCCAGGGAUUCGAUUGAGGCGACCGAUACGUACGAGUACAACAAGGAUAGCUCGGAGGAUGUGGAAGAAACGGCAUCCGCUGAAAAUCACGAGUUCAAUCGCGGCGAUGGGCUGAAAGCUGACGGUGAUCUUGCCAUUGAGGAGUACGAAGCCAACCAACACAAGUGUUUCAAAGUCAAGGCAUUCUUUUGCAUUGUCGGGAUGAUCGUGGGCGUCGUUUUCUGCUUUUACGAACUCGGCGACGAUCGCAAAGUUAACCAGACUCUUGCUAUUGCAAUCUGGAUGGCGACUUUGUGGCUCACCGAGGCCAUCCCUCUUGUCGUUACUGCUUUCCUUCCUAUUGUCCUCUUCCCUCUCUUUGGCAUCGUCAGCAGCAAGGCCAUCACUGCUCAGUACGCGAACAACACGAUCUUUCUCUUCAUCUCCGGUUUCCUCAUGGCUCUGACACUCCAGAGGUGGAACCUUCACCGCCGUUUCUCAUUGAAGCUGUUGACCUGGUGUGGCGUAAGACCUCAGCUCCUGCUUCUUGGCAUCAUGGGCGGGACUUUCUUUCUGUCCAUGUUCGUAUCCAAUACGGCAACGAGUCUCAUGAUGGUCCCCAACGCGUUGUCCAUUUGCCGAUCCGUGGAAGAGUCGACUCCCAACCAUCGCGGAAACCAAGAGAGCCGCCGCUUUUCUACAGCCAUCUUUCUCGGGAUUGCUUACGCCGCCAACGUUGGAGGAAUGGCAUCUCUCCUAGGAACUCCACCAAACCUUGUCUUCCAGAAACAACUUGCAUUGAUCUUUCCUGAAGCUCCUGAGAUGACGUUCGCGACCUGGCUAGGGUUUGGAUUGCCCAUUUCCCUGAUCAUGUCCUUCUUCAUUUGGGCCUACCUCUCGGUCAUGUACUUACGAAACCUCGACAUGGGAUCCGUGGACCGAGACCUCUUCAAGAACCAGUACGAGGCGCUUGGACCUUGGACUCGUGAACAAGUGAUUGUGGCUACCCUCUUCACUCUUGAAGCGCUUCUUUGGGUGUUCCGCAAGGACCUAGAGUUUGAGAACGCGACCAUUAAAGGAUGGUCCAACCUUUUCCCCGAACCUUCUGCUAUAGCAGAUGCGACCGUUGGUAUGGGAAUCGCCAUUCUUCUCUUCAUCUGGCCUGGUGACGGGAAGAACAUGGCGGGUGAUGCCCCUGGCUACGAGUCCGAAGAUGUCACCCCCGGCGACCGCACCACGUUGUUGGACUGGAAAACGGCCAACACAAUGCCUUACGAUAUUGUGUUUCUUUUCGGAGGAGGUUUUGCAUUGGCCAAGGCGUUUGUUGAGUCUGGUCUUUCAGCAUUCUUGGGUGAAGAACUCAAAGGCUUCGACUCCCUUUCGACGCCUGGAUUGGUGUUUGUUGUCGUGUUCAUCAUCAUUUGGCUGACAGAGCUCACAUCCAACACUGCCACAAGUAACAUUAUGAUCCCCAUUGCUGCAUCUUUGGCCAUUGCGUUGGAGACCAAUCCAUACACGUUGAUGAUCCCAGUCACAUUUGCCUGCAGCUGUGCCUUUGCAUUGCCUAUUGCAACUCCUCCCAACAUGGUGGUCUUCUCGACAGGCCGCGUACCCUUGCGCGAGAUGAACAAGGGGGGACUCGUUCUCAACAUGAUAUCUUCCGUCGUUCUUCUCAUGGGCGCCUUCACCUUCAUUCCGUGGGUCUUGAAGGAGGACGCCACGAGCUUUCCUGAAUGGGCGAAAACAACUGCUCUCUAGCUGGUCUAGCUAGCUAGCAGAUAUUCAAGUACAUAUGUAUAUCUACAUCUUCUUUGCAUGUGACACCGAGCUGACUGGAAAGGUCAGCCUCGGAAAUGAUCUGCCAUGGCUCUGUUUCUCUUGAAGCGUACCGCAAAAGCUGCUAAAGCGUGUCGCUUUGAAAUCAAUAAUGUACAAUGAUUCAUGUCUUCUUUUUAUUUUUUUUAAAAAGCCAAGACUUUGG